AUGGCCACGCAGGAAGGAGUGAUUGACUUGUCUUCGGUCAUCUAUGAUGUAGAUCCAGUGGUGAUGGUGCCCUUGGGACUCCUCAUCCUCGUGCUCACUGCAUCGCUCCCCAAAUCGCAUCGCCUCUCGCUCAGGGACUCCCUUGUGGCCUUCUGGUAUCUCUUCAACGGCAUCAUCAUCCACAUUUUCCUCGAUGGAUUGGUGGGCUUCGCCAGGCGUGUGCCGUUCCUCUUCUCGCUCUACUGCACGCUGGACAAGCGCUAUGAGCAUGCCGAGUCGGCGGUGAUGAUGAUCUCCAUCACCGAGCUGCUCAUCAUGGGUCCGCUCUGCAUCUUCCUCUACUACGGCUACCACCGCAACAAGUCCUGGAGAGCCCCGCUGGAGCUUGUGGUCUGCGCCAUUCAGAUCUUUGGCACCAUCGUCUUCACCGGCUCUGAGAUCUGGGAGGGCUUCCCUCACAUCCCCACCGACUUUGAGAUGACCUUUGAACAGGACAAGGUCAUCUUCUUCUGGGUGUUCUUCGUCGCCGCCAACGCCCUGUGGCUCUUGUUGCCGCUCCGCCUCCUGCUGACGGCCUUCCACGAGGUCAACGCCGCCAUGCUCGCUACUCGUCCCGCGACCAGGGGCUCUUCGUCCAAGGCAAAGAAGUCGACCAAGAAAUCGACCAGCAAGAAGGCCGACUGA